AUGGAGAAAUACUCGAGCUUGAACGCCGAGGACAGCGACUCGGCAAAGUCUUUACUCCGCAAUGGAGAUGAAACAUCCUUUGAAAAAGACCGUGCAGAGAGCUUCACAGUCAGAGAGCGCAAUCCGUCGUGGCUUGCCCGACACAAAAUCUCCAUUUGUCUAAGUCUCUUCUUCGUGACGCUCAACCUGGUAUCCUGUUCUCUCGUUUACGCCUGGCUUCAACACAGAUACUCUCAUUACCCCUUUCUUGGGAACACACCGGUUCGCAACAUCCUCAGAUACGAGGGUAAAAAGUUAGAUUUACUCCCAGUCUAUCUGCCAAAUGGAACAUUGAACCCAGAUAAACCAGGGCACUUCAACGGUAAACCGACGCCGGAACUGGCUGAAUCCUGGAAAAGUAUCAUGCAACAUCAGAACAUUCGCCUGCAGCGUCAUGAACUUGGCCCCUUCGCUGAUGACGAGAGCGUCAUUGAGCUGGCCGAUGGAUCGGGCUACUUCGCAACGCUGGCGGUGUUUCACGGCCUGCACUGCCUAAAGCGUUUCCAUCAUUACAUCCACCGGAAUUCUUACUACCCCAACACGACCGCGGAGGACGAAGCAAGCCUUCUCUAUCAUACGGAACACUGCGUGGACUGGCUGAGACAAUACGUACAGUGUAACGCUGACACCACGCUGAUUCCCUUCUACUGGGGAGCCGGGCAAACACAUCCUUUGGCCGUAGACAAGGCGGAACAUCAAUGUGUCAAAUGGGAGCCAUUGGAGGGCUGGAUGGCCGAGCAUUCAUUUAAUGCAUUCGAGCAAGGCCUUCUCGUGCACCCGCUUUAUGGCGACCCGUACGCCGGACAAAAGCCGGACACGAUUGGGAUUGCUGUUGGGGAUCAUCCUCUGGAGGUCGGCCAUGAAGGACACUGA